AUGCAAGAUGCUUUGAAUUUAAUGUUCAGUGAUCGUUCAUUAAAUCAAGAAAUAAAAAACAAAAGACUUACGGCUGAGUUCUUUGUUAGCGAUUCAACAAAAAAAAUUAUUGAACAAAACAAAGUAUCUCAAUAUCCUGGUGCAAACAAAAUGCUUACUUUUAUUGAAGCGUCUCAAAUUAAAAAUAAUGAACGUAAUAAAAGAAAAUUACCUUCCAUUCUUUCAAAAAAAUUUAUUAAAGAAGAAGCACAAAAAUUACAACAAAAACUUCAAACAACAACAGAACCUCUUAAACCUAAUGGUGAAUCAUUAUAUUCAGUUGGACAAUAUGUUAAUAUUCUUGUGGAUGGAGUUGUAAGGAAAGGAAAAGUAAUAGUAGUUUAUCCACGAAAAUUAAAAUAUUUAAUUUUAUUACAACAUUCAGUAUGGAAUAAUCAACAAUCAAAAUAUAUGUUAGUUCCAUAUACUCAUAUUCAAUCAAAUGAAUUUAAUGAUCAUAAGUUAUUGUCAUUACUUAAUGAUUUGCCUUAUUUCAGUAAUAAUCUAUCACUACUUCAUAUAAAAAAAGAAGUAAAUUAUCAACCCACUUUUAUUCAUCAUCAAUCUCUUGUGGUUUGUCCUUCUUUUUCUAAUAUCAAAAGAAAAAUUAUAACAAAACCAUCCAAAAUCAAACCUUCUAAACCAAAAACAAUUACUAUUCACCCACAAUCUCAAAACUUAGCACGUAACAUGACAAAUAUUAUUACUACAAUUAUAAAAACUUUACUUAAUAAUCAACUCAUAGACACCUCUUUAAAAAAGAAACUCAUAAAUACUCUUCCUUUAGAAUAUCAAACAAAUCAACAAAUCCUUCAGUUAUUUAAUUAUGUGAUGAAAUAUAAUUGA